CAGUCGCAACACACGAUGGUGUAUGUGCCUGUCUUGACACAGCUCAAAAAGCUGCUCAAUAGCAACUGUAUCAACGCGACGUUGUGGCUCGAAAAACAACAAUCAAGAGAGUCUUCGAAAGGUUGAAUUGAACAAUCUGAUGAAUUCAAGCUUGUCGGUAACUUAUUAGGUAGACAAUGGAACAGCAGCAAACAGAUGACGACGAUGGGCAGGGAGAUGGCAGCAUCGGGAAAAGCUCCAAGAAGAAUAGCGCUUGCAUCAAGGAUGGCCAUAACAUCAAGGAAGACUGCGAAGUCGACGCUGAGGAGGACCAAGCAGAAGAAGCGAAAAGAAAAGACCGUGAUGGCAACGACGUCACGAUUGACAAAGCGAAGCAAACGCUUGAUUCGUCGCUUCUAGAUGAUAUUGCUUCCGCAGUGCAGCCAUUGCCACGACGGACAAGACGACGUGAACCCGACGGGCCUGGAGCCUAUUGCAUCCAACACCCGGCACCUCUCAGAGGAUUGCCCACGUCCGGCCCGGCCCCUCUGCAAUCAGAAGAUAAUCAAAGCGACCAAGAGAAUAAUGAUGUCAUAUUGGGAGCCGAAGUGGUAACAGAGGAAGAACAAGAUUUGGAGACCGGAUCAUGUCCAGCACCUGGUGCAACCGACAACGAGAUGGAAGUCUAUGACGCCCAGAUAUUGCCAGAUAGAAAGAAGAGGCACAACGCCAACCAGCAGAGAGAUUCCAAGAAAUGUGUUGGUAUUCUGGUAGUACUUGGGAUGCUUGCGGUAGUGGCUGUCGUGCUCAUCCCGGUCUUCCUGUUACGGAGCGAUAGCUCUACUCGCACGAGCGGCAGUCACAACAGUGAGAAUGUCAAGGGAAACAAUGUCAGCACGAGCCACAAUUCGUCGUCAGCGGCAGAGGACCACUCGGUACAGGUACAUGUAUUUACAGAGCAGCCCGUUCCUACUCUGUAUCCCCCCUUUCAAGAUAGUUUGCCUGUUGCCAUUCAAAAGGAGAUUGAAGAUCCCAGUAGUCCUUUCUACCUGGCCAAUCUCUGGAUGCUACAAGACCCAAACCUCCAUAAUUACUCUGAAGAGCGCCAGAAACAGAGGUUCUACAUGGCCAUUCUCUACUAUGCCACUAAUGGGGAUUCCUGGCUCCAAAAGGAUGGCUGGAUGAGUUACAAUGUGUCCGAGUGUCAAUGGUUCAGUUUCAGCAGUCUUUCAUCUGAUUCCAUCUACUACGUCCCAAACACUUGCAACUCAAAUGGGACUUUGGUGUCCUUGAGCCUUGCCAAUAACAACCUGACUGGAACCUGGCCACUGUUUCCUACCACACUUCUCUCGGAAAUUCAAGUCUUUGAUGUUGGCAACAACCAUAUUGUCGGCACAGUUCCACCCUUGAUCUCCAACCCCCACCUGGAAGUCAUCAUCAUGUCCAACAACAACUUUGCUGGCCCUCUCACUGCAGGCGAUGGGCUCUUUGAUUUUAAGUUUAAAGUUGUCAUGACCAAUGGCAACCGCAUCACAAGUGGAGUCCCCAAUCGAGAGGGACUCUUGUUGCAGAUUCUACAGCAUUCGUUGGAAGUUCUCAAUUCCACAGACAACCUCUUUCGGGGUGAAAUGCCUACAGAACUGGGCUUGUGUACCAAGCUUGCCUAUUUGGGUCGUGGUGACACCCUCAUUCCAGGAAAUCUUCCCAGUGAACUCGGGCUGCUAUCCGAAACAUUGCGGCAUGUGGAAGUGUCGGGUAGUGCGGCAAUGAACGGGACACUCCCAACAGAGCUGGGAGCGCUGACACAACUGACCCACCUGGGGAUUGCAGAGACAGCAAUCACUGGACGCAUUCCCGCAGAACUCUGCAACCGCAUGUGGGAGGGCUCAUUGGUGAUUGAUGCCAACUGCAGCAUGGUAGAAUGUUGUAGUUGGAAUACAGAAUGCUGCUACAUGCAAAAUACAUAAUGAAGAAAUAUAGGACUAAGUGCAUGGUUAAGGAUAGAGAGGAGGCUGGGCUUUUGGGCAAAGUAGGGCUACGUGGGGUGGAAUAAGGCAGGCAGGAGAGGAUUUGGACUCAGCUAGAUAGCUAAGCUAGACUAGCUAGUAGGUUA